UGGGCUCGCGCGCGGAUCAGGCCCGACACUCUCCGCCUCCAGGCCUUGCGCUCGGCCUCGUUCCGCGGCGUCCGCUCCUCCGGCAGCUCACAGCGCGUCUCGUGCGCCUGCCGCUGCGGCCCCGAUGGCUCUGUGCAACGGAGACUCCAAGCUGGAGAAUGCUGGAGGAGACCUCAAGGAUGGCUGCCACCACUACGAAGGAGCUGUUGUCAUCUUGGACGCCGGUGCUCAGUAUGGGAAAGUCAUAGACAGGAGAGUGCGGGAACUCUUCGUGCAGUCUGAAAUAUUCCCCUUGGAAACACCAGCCUUUGCCAUAAAGGAACAAGGAUUCCGUGCCAUUAUCAUCUCUGGAGGACCUAAUUCUGUGUAUGCAGAAGAUGCUCCCUGGUUUGACCCGGCAAUAUUCACCAUUGGCAAGCCUGUUCUUGGUAUUUGCUAUGGCAUGCAGAUGAUGAAUAAGGUAUUUGGAGGUACGGUGCACAAAAAAAGUGUUAGAGAAGAUGGAGUCUUCAACAUCAGUGUGGACAACACAUGCUCAUUGUUCAGGGGCCUUCAAAAGGAAGAAAUUGUUCUGCUUACUCAUGGAGAUAGUGUUGACAAAGUAGCUGAUGGAUUUAAGGUUGUGGCACGUUCUGGGAACAUUGUAGCAGGUAUAGCAAAUGAGUCUAAAAAAUUAUACGGAGCACAGUUUCAUCCUGAAGUUGGCCUUACAGAAAAUGGGAAAGUAAUACUGAAGAAUUUCCUUUAUGAUAUUGCUGGGUGCAGUGGGACCUUCACUGUGCAGAACAGAGAACGUGAAUGCAUUCGGGAGAUCAAAGAGCAAGUUGGCACAUCAAAAGUCUUGGUUUUACUCAGUGGUGGUGUAGACUCAACGGUUUGUACAGCUUUGCUGAAUCGUGCGUUGAACCAAGAUCAAGUCAUUGCUGUGCACAUUGAUAAUGGCUUCAUGAGGAAACGAGAAAGCCAGUCUGUGGAGGAAGCCCUCAAAAAGCUUGGGAUUCAGGUCAAAGUGAUUAAUGCUGCUCAUUCCUUCUACAAUGGAACAACUACUUUACCAAUAUCAGAUGAAGACAGGACCCCUCGAAAAAGAAUUAGCAAAACAUUAAAUAUGACUACAAGUCCUGAGGAGAAAAGAAAAAUCAUUGGUGACACUUUUGUUAAGAUUGCCAAUGAGGUAAUUGGAGAGAUGAAUCUGAAGCCAGAGGAGGUUUUCCUUGCCCAAGGUACUUUACGACCUGAUCUAAUUGAAAGUGCAUCCCUUGUUGCCAGUGGCAAAGCUGAGCUCAUCAAAACCCAUCACAAUGACACAGAGCUCAUCAGAAAGUUGAGAGAAGAGGGAAAAGUAAUAGAACCUCUGAAAGAUUUUCAUAAAGAUGAAGUGAGAAUUUUAGGCAGAGAACUUGGACUUCCAGAAGAUUUAGUUUCCAGACAUCCAUUUCCAGGUCCUGGCCUGGCAAUCAGAGUGAUAUGUGCUGAAGAACCUUAUAUUUGUAAGGACUUUCCUGAAACCAACAAUAUUUUAAAAAUAGUAGCUGAUUUUUCUGCAAGUGUUAAGAAGCCUCAUACACUGUUACAAAGAGUCAAGGCCUGCACGACCGAGGAGGAUCAGGAGAAGCUGAUGCAGAUUACAAGCCUGCAUUCCCUGAGUGCCUUCUUGCUGCCUAUUAAAACUGUGGGUGUGCAGGGUGACUGUCGGUCCUACAGUUAUGUUUGUGGAAUCUCCAGUAAAGAUGAACCUGACUGGGAAUCGCUCAUCUUCCUUGCCCGGCUCAUUCCUCGGAUGUGUCACAACAUAAACAGAGUUGUCUACAUCUUUGGCCCACCAGUUAAGGAACCUCCUACUGACGUGACACCCACUUUCUUAACGACAGGGGUGCUCAGCACUUUGCGUCAGGCUGACUUUGAGGCUCACAACAUCCUCAGGGAGUCUGGGUAUUCUGGGAAAAUCAGCCAGAUGCCAGUGAUUUUGACGCCCUUGCACUUCGAUCGAGACCCACUUCAGAAGCAGCCUUCAUGCCAGAGGUCUGUGGUCAUUCGAACCUUCAUCACAAGUGACUUCAUGACUGGUGUGCCUGCGACACCUGGCAACGAGAUCCCUGUGGAGGUGGUGUUAAAGAUGGUCACUGAGAUUAAGAAGAUUCCUGGUAUUUCUCGAAUUAUGUAUGAUUUAACUUCAAAGCCCCCAGGAACUACUGAGUGGGAGUAAUAAACUUUUUGUUCUGUUAAA